AUGUCAGAAGCGAUCGGUAUACCGCCCGCCCGCCAGCAGAUUGUUGUCUCCAUUUACAACAUCUCAACUGGCAGCCUGAUGCUACUCUGGGGCCGGAUCGCCGACGUCUAUGGCCGCCGACUCGUCUACCUUGUCGGCUCUGGUCUUUUCAGUCUGACUAACUUGUGUUUACCAUUCACUAAGUACGAGAUUCCCUUCCAUAUCGUCCGUUUUCUGCAGGGCAUGAGCGGCGCCGCUGUGAUCCCUUCAGGGAUCGGUAUUAUCGCCUCUACAUUCCCCCGCGGCCGGGCCCGCAACAACGCGUACGUAUGUAUCGCAGCCGUUGCCUCAGUUGGGUCCGUUCUGGGUAACAUCUUUGGUGGUGUGAUUGGCGGUCUACUAUCUUGGCAGUGGGUGUUUUGGGUUCCUGCGAUACUGGCAGCCGUUGCCACCAUGCUAGCCUACUUCAUUACCAACACGCCUCAUCUUCGAUCGUCCUCUACCAACUCAACAGCAAACAGCAGCCAGGGAAGUCGCGCUAGGUCUGUGGAUUGGAUCGGUGGCGCUCUCGUCUCAUGCAGUUUGGUGUUGCUGCUUGCGGCCUUCACCCAGGCUAAUGUAAUCGGUUGGUCGACGCCUUGGAUCCCGCCGCUCAUUGCUGGGUCCAUCUUGCUUCUUGUUGGCUUCUGCUUCUGGCAGCAUCGCCUUGAGAAGGACCCAGUAAAGGAACCCUUACUACGGAUUUCCAUGUUCAAGAAUCUCCAGUUCUCAGCGCUAUUUGUGCUGGUUGGAUUCUUCUACGCAUCGUUUAACAGCUUCUUAGUUUUUGUUACCUUUUUCUACCAAGAUUACCUUGCACUGAGUGAGCUCGACACUACUUUGCGCUUCUUGCCUGCUGGUAUUGCUGGGUUUCUCAUAUCCUUUGUCGUCUCUCCAGCCCUUUCUCGCUUCCGUGCCUUCUACAUUCUCAUUUUUGGAUUGGUAUGCGGCGUAUUAUCCCCGUUCAUCAUGGCCGUUCCUAUCCCGCCGAGUACAUCCUAUUGGGCCUAUGGCUUCCCCGCCAUGUGCUUAUGCCUCAGCAUCGAAGUUGUCUGGCCUGUCAUCAGUCUGCUCAUUGCUGCUAGGCUGCCCUCCGCUGAUCAGGGGUUGGGCAGUGGGCUGCUUCAAAGCGCUAACAAUGUCGGACGUGCCUUGGGCCUCGCGAUUGCGACCGCAAUCCAGACGAGCACCCAGAGCUUCGAGGAGGAUGGUAAUGGGUUCGCGGGCUCUCCUGGGUUUCUAUACGGAGUACGAGCGGCACAGUGGACGAAUGUCGGGUUUUCGGCUGCAGCAUUGGGCAUUGCGGUCGCUUUCUUUCGGGAUCUGGGGCAAGCUUGA